AUGGAUAUAGAUGACUUAUUUCAUAAGUAUAAUGACUAUGCCAAGGAUCACGGCUUUAAAAUGCGUAAAAAUACUAGAAAGGCUGAGAAGAAUCAGCUUGUCGAGUACUCUUACUUUUAGUGUUCAUUUGGACAUACUAAGGUUUUUGAAAAGCAUGGAGGCUAUAGAAAAACUCAAUGGAAAAAUGAUCUAUAUAAAAAAGGUACUGCUAAGAGCAUUCCUUGCAAGGCUAAGGUGAUAUUUGAGAAGAAUUAUACUGAUGAAUGGUGUCUGAAAGAAAUAGUUAGUGGCCAUAAUCAUGAGCCAGACCAUACUUUACUGUCAAAUGAAAUAGUAUACUACAUAGAUGAGUUUGUGACUAAGUAAGGCUGUAAGAUCUCUGCCAUGGAGAUUGUCAAUCAUUUGAGAGCGAGAUUCAAUCGUGAUUUUGACUUAUGUACUCUUCUUCAUCAUAUUAGUCAGAGAUUCGACAUAGUACACAAGGCAGAGAAUGUUGAGUUUGGAAAGGACAUGGUCAAGGAAUACCCAAGUGAAGUAAGAGAAGGAGUCUUUGAUGAUUAUGAGUUGAGAAGAUUAGUUUUUAUAACAAAUGAUAUGAUCAAUAGAUAUGAAUACUAUGGAGAGUACUUGAUGUUUAUAGAUGGCAUAUUCAGUCCGAAGUUUAUUGAAAACUAUAUUUUAGUAUUAAAUGGUGUUAGCUAGGAUGGGGAUAUUCAAGUAUUUGGAGUUAUAAUAUGCAAAAAAGAAGUUGAGUCGCUUAAAAUUUGCUUUGAAAAAUUCCUUAAAUUUCACAAACCAAUUCAACCAAAGUCUAUUGUGAUUGAUUCAGAUCCAUUCAUUCUAGAAGCAGCACAGAAAAACCUAUUGUCAGUUAUGGACUUAAUUAUAGUCAUAGAUACUCUAAAAAUGAGUUUUUCCAGAGAGUAUCUCGAUCUCUUAACCUAUAAAGACUCUCAUCAAAGUCUUUCAAAUCUGCUCUUGAUAAUUUCUAAGGAGUACUAUGAAUAGCACAGAUGGAAAGUUCUCAACAAAGAGCAGACUCAGGUCUAGUAAGAUCAAACAAAACUAGUCUAUAUUCUUCAUUAAACAAAGUAGAUGGUGGUUACACAGCAAAAAAACCUUAAGUAGUACUCAGAAGAGAUGGCAAUAGAUUAAGUGAAAUAGAGAGAAUUUUAAACAAUUAAGCAUAAACUCCUAAUGUGUGAUGAAGAAGAUGUCGAGUAGGUUACUGUAGAUCAUAUUAAUAAGGAUAUAAGUUGUACCUGCGAGUAUGCUAAUGAGUAUGGAGGGCUUCCAUAUGGAUUUGCUAAUCAAAAGCUUAGAUAAGUUUUGGCUUUAAAGCUAAAUUAAGCCAAAUAUCAGUGUUUCUGGAUAGCAAAAUGUGCAAUUGAAAAAUCAGUUAAACCCUGA